GCUUGUUAAAAGUGUGGUUAAGUUUACUUCCAAAAUAGAAAUUCUUAACUUGGAAAAGAGAUAUUUGUUAAAUAUUCUCUACAUGUUUAAUUCAGCGUGUACGAAAAUAAGCUCAUUUUACGCGCGUUUAUGCACUACACAACCGAAGCAAACCCCGAAAGAGUUUUAUAAAUAUCUGUUACGUGAAUGCGAAAAGCUACCCGAUGGUGGCCCCAGAAAGUUCUACAAAGAUUCCGUAAAACAGAGUUUCAAACAACACGUUAAUGAGAGUGAUCCGGAACGUAUACGCCAAAUUAUAGAUCGUGCUUACGAAGAUGCCGCGUGGAUUUUAAAGAAGUAUAAAAAAUGUUAAACGUUCCGUUGGCCAGUUCAGAUAGCGAAGCGAGUGAGGAUCAGUUUUGGAGUGCAGUUCUGCUUUAUCACAAUCGGCCUCAUUUAGUUAACAGAAGAUUGCUGGGUGUCUCUCAAGCGUUGUUUGUUAAGCUUUCAUUCAGUAAUCUCUCCGUGCGAAAUGUCUGCGAGCUUUUUACACGGUCUGCUAUACUCUAUGAGGCUAGGAAAUUACCUCGGCUUCUAAAGGAAUUUAUUAGCGUAGAUUUUGUUAAGAAUAUCCUUGAGCCGUUUGACAAAAAUGUGUCAUUUGAAGACUGUAGCGAGCGUGACUUUCUGACGAAGGAGGAUGGCACGUUUGUGUCUUUGCGAAUUUUGUUAGCGAGACAGGUCAGCGUUGAUAACUGUUUAGAAGUUGUGGUCUUCGAUAAGAGAGUAAAAACUGCUACAUUUAUCGCCGUUUCCGAGUUCGACAGGAGAGAAUUGGCGCCAAGUUUUCUUUACCAACUUGCACUUAGCUCGGGAUAUUUGUCGCUUUACCUACAAAGUUUUGAGGAUGCCGAAAGUCGGAGUGCCGAGUGGUUGACCGAGCAACUAUUUCUGAAACUAAUGAAGUGGAUUGACGAAUACAACCCAAAUGUUAACGUACAGCAAUCGUUGAGUUUGGUGCCGGUGGAGGCCUUUACGUCGCUGUAUCACAAUUUAAAAGCUAAGUACGGGAGGAAAAUUGUCAAGGAAUGGCCCGAAAAUACUGACCCGCACAAGUUCGUGUACGAAGAUCUGGCGAUUGCCGCUUAUCUCAUUACAUUGUGGAAUACGAUUGACGCAAAUAAAAAACCGCAGUUUGUCGAUUUAGGUUGCGGCAAUGGGCUUUUGACUUUUAUUUUGACAAAGGAAGGGUAUGGUGGUACAGGUAUUGAUGUACGUCGUCGAAAAAUCUGGGAUACAUUCGAGGGUGUCGAUUUAAAAGAGGAAGUGAUCUCGCCAUCCGCCGCUUGUCUUUUCCCGCAUGCGGAUUGGAUAAUCGGAAAUCAUUCGGAUGAGCUGACUCCUUGGAUUCCGGUGAUUGCGGCGAGAAGUUCGUAUGGGUGCAAUCUGUUUUUACUGCCUUGCUGCGCUUAUGACUUUAAUGGUAAGAAAUACAGGCGACGAAAUACGGGGGUGAGCGUCUACUGUGAUUACUUGGAGUACGUGAAAAGCAUCUGCGUUACUUGUGGGUUUAGCAUAGCGGUCGACAAGCUUCGCAUUCCAUCCACUAAACGCACUUGCUUUGUUAGUUUUGGUCGCACUUAUUGUGAGACAGAAAUGGCGGAUGCGGAUAGACACGUACAAGCCAUGAUAGGUCAAGGCUCUGUGGAGUCGUGCUGGAACGAAGAGUUUGUAGCACGCGAGCCUAAAGAGAGGGUGCGAAAUUGUACACAACUGGAUAGGGGAGUAAUUGCCGACAUUAUCAAGAAGAUUACUUUACUGUUAUUGGAACAACCUGAGAAUUUGAAAAGAUACGAUGGUUGCACGUGGAAUAGGGGCUCUCGGGCGCCAUUGUCAUUGGUAGCAAAAUCGCUUGGUAAGGAAGACUUGGGGCAGUUAAAGAACGAAUGCGGUGGUUUAAAGACUUUAUUAAGGAAUCAUCGUUAUAUCUUUGAAGUUGCCGAGGGAUGGGUUUGUUUACGCCUACCUCCAACUGCCGUGUUGACAAACUUAAAAUACAAAGAAAAAUUGUGUUGGUUUAAUGGAAAUCAUCCCGAUGGUUGUUUUCACAGUAGUGAAGUUUGUGCAUAUCGGCAUUAAGUUUGCAAAUAAAUAUUUUCUUGUUGUUUUCUUGUGAUGAUGGCA